AUGGUGGUGACCGGGAACGUCGAGGUGGAGGAGAUGAACGUCGAGGCGGAGGAGAUCAACGUCGAGGCGGAGGAGAUCAACGUCGAGGCGGAGAAGAUGAACGUCGAGGCGGAGGAGAUCAACGUCGAGGCGGAGAAGAUGAACGUCGAGGCGGAGGAGAUCAACGUCGAGGCGAAGGAGAUGAACGUCAAGGCGGAGGAGAUGAACGUCGAGGCGGAGGAGAUCAACGUCGAGGCGGAGAAGAUGAACGUCGAGGCGGAGGAGAUCAACGUCGAGGCGGAGGAGAUCAACGUCGAGGCGGAGAAGAUGAACGUCGAGGCGGAGGAGAUCAACGUCGAGGCGAAGGAGAUGAACGUCAAGGCGGAGGAGAUGAACGUCAAGGCGGAGGAGAUGAAGGUCGAGGCGGAGGAGAUGACCGUCGACGAUCAGAUCGCCGCUUUUAAAUGUUCGAUUAUUUUCGACAACAUGAUCUCUUUUGUCGCCUUGUUCAAUUAUUUGUGUGAU